UAUAAUUUGCUUUACAAUAGUUGGUGAUGAACACCUCGACUAUCGGCAGUUUUUAAGUAUUUUUAUGUUGCUUUGAACAGCAAGAAAAUAAUUUUUGACAGAUGUUAUGUGUCAAUGUGUGAAAGUGACAACUAAACCUUAAACUGAAAACUAAAUUGGAUGGAAUUUGUAAAGGAUUUUUACAAUUUGUUACCCUAUUUUCGAAAUAGGUAUGGGCGUUUCUUCUGUACAUUUGCUUAAUGGGCCAUAAUUAUGCAAGUCGCGUGUGAUUGAAGAGUGUUAAUGCUUAUCAUCUGGUUUAUUAAAAGAACGUGUAAAAAUGGAUACAAAAGAAGUCGUCGACCACUUAGUGGCUCUAAAAGUCAUGAGACUUACUAAACCUGCACUGAUAAGUCCUAAAAUAGUAACAUGUGAUUUCAAAGAUUUGCCAGGGAAUAUUUUGAAUAACUUUUUGAAAGAUGAUGCGACAUCAGUGGUGCAGAUGGAAACUUUAGCAGCAGGUCAAUUUCUCUUAUUACCACAAAGUUUUGGUAACAUUUAUCUCGGAGAAACAUUUUCAUGUUAUGUUUGUGUACACAAUGAGACUUCACAAGCUGUGCAGAGUGUGUCUAUAAAAGCUGAUUUACAAACAAGCUCACAGCGAAUUCCUCUAUCAACACAAAAUCAAUCUCCAGUGAUGUUGGAUGUUGAUGAAACAUUAGGUGAUGUUAUACAUCAUGAAGUUAAAGAUUUGGGCACACAUAUUUUAGUAUGUGAGGUAACAUACAUGUCAAAUUACAAUACACUAGCUUCAUUCAGAAAAUUCUUUAAAUUCGAAGUUAUGAAGCCGUUGGAUGUGAAAACGAAAUUUUACAAUGCUGAAUCAGAUGAUGUCUUCUUAGAAACUCAAAUACAGAAUAUCACUUCAGGUCCAAUAACACUUGAACAAGUAUCUCUUGAAAGCUCUCAACAUUUUUCAGUCCAAUCACUGAAUGAAGUGGAUAAAGAUUUGUCAGUUUUUGGAUAUGUUACUUUAUUACAACCCCAAGAAAGCUGUCAAUAUUUGUAUCGUUUAACACCAAAGGAAACAAUUUCAAGUGAAACUAAACUUAUAAUAGCUCCAAAGAAUAUAGGAAAGCUAGAUAUUGUCUGGAGAUCCAACUUGGGAGAGAAAGGGAGACUGCAAACCAGUCAAUUACAAAGAAUAACACCUGACUAUGGUGAUAUUAGGCUACUGUAUGAGGAUUUACCCAGUAAAGUGUCUGUUAAUGAGCCAUUUGAUUUUAAAUGUAAAAUAGUUAAUGCUAGUGAGAGAACAUUGGAUUUAAUAUUGAAAUUACGUUCUCUACAAGAUUCUAGUCUUUUAUGGUGUGGGAUAUCUAACAGGAAGUUAGGUCCCUUAGAACCAGGUGGUGUUAAAUACAUUGAUUUAACAGCAUUACCAAUAAGUACAGGCCUGCAUGUUAUUACUGGAGUAUCACUAGUGGAUUUAUUCUUAAAAAGAACAUAUGAUUAUGAUGACCUGGCAUCAGUUUUUGUGUUUUGAGUUCUAGAAUAUAAGUGAUUUAAUAAAAUUUUAAACUAAAAAUAUGGUAAUAAUGAGGAUUCAAUGAGACAUAUACAUUAUAAAUAUAGAAAAAUAAACUUCAUGAGGUUUAGAAUUAUUUUAAAAAUUACGCUUUUGUAGAUCAUUGCUAAAGAUACACCUUUAUUAUAAUGUCUAAGUAGAUUCAUUACAACCAGAAUAUACCCCAACAUAAAAUAUUUUCUGUUUUGUAUAUUAGUAUAGGUUUU